AUGCCUGACAACAAACGUCCGUACGCCCAUGAUGGCCAAGAUUACGGCCAUCGCCCAUCUAAGCGCCAACAUCACGACGACCGAAAGCCAUAUCACAACAGCAACUGCAACGACAGGAAUGUCUACGAUGACCGGAGACCAUACCACAGGGACGGCUACAGCGACCGUGGCAAGCACCGCAAGAAGCAGAAUGACUCUCCUACCGCGUCUACCGCGUCGAAGAUGCGCUCUCUUGCCGACUUGCCCCCUCUCCCAUCUGUGACAGAAGAAUACCGCGAAGCACCCUUCACCCACCGCUCCGUUACUUCGGAGUCUCGCAGCGUCACAGGCCCAAAGGCUCUUUCUUACGAGCGCCUCGAGUUCUUGGGGGACGCCUACAUCGAACUCUUCGCCAGCCGCCUCAUCUUCUCCCGCUUGAUCCACCUGCCUAGUGGGCAGAUGAGUCAGCUUCGGGAGCUGUUUGUCAGGAAUGACACCUUGGCUGAGUAUUCUCGGGCGUAUGGCUUCGACAAGCGCAUCCGUGUCGCUGACCUCAACCACAUGCAAGCUGACUCUCGCAAAUCGAACAAGGGCUUCAACAAAGUUCUCGGCGAUGUCUUCGAGGCAUAUGUCAGUGCUGUUGUCUUGAGCCACGGCGAGGAAGGCUUCUCAGUCGCGGAGCAGUGGCUCUACGCCCUCUGGAAACCCAAGCUUCGAGAAGCCAUCCAGCAGGACAAGAACUAUGACCGUGAGAUUGCCCUACCUGACGAUGGCAAUGGUGAUCCACGUACGCGCUAUGAUCCAGAAGCCAAAGCCACUUUGCAGAGGCGAAUCAUAGGCGGCGCCGACAAGAAGCUCUUCUACGAGCCGUACAAGGAUAGCAUCGAGCUCAAGGGUGACAAACUUGGUCAGAACCGCCACUUUAUCGCCCUGUACCUCACAGGCUACGGUUACGAGAAGAAGCUGCUUGGCAGAGGUGAGGGAAAGAACAAGGUGGAGGCUGGCAAUUGGGCGGCUAUCGAAGCCAUGUACGGCGAUUCGAAACACAUCGUGAACGAAUGUGAGAAUAUUUCGAAGACCGAGAAAGAGAGGCGAUUGGCUGAGAAGAAGGCCGCCGAGCAAGAAGCAAACGACGUGGGGAAGGAAGACGGGCAUGUGGUCAAGGUCGAAUGA